AUGAUCCGCAGGAGCUGGCUCCUGGCUUCUGGAGUCAAAGCACUGGGACGGGAAGAGCCAGGGGACUACAAGGGCCAGGCUUACGUGCCAGCCUUCCCGGAGGGCCCGUGUGAAGCCAAGCUAGUGUCUCCUCUGCAGAAGUCGGAGAUCGUCGACGUGGUCAAGAAGCGGGUGAAGGCCAUCACCCUCGCCAUCGGGGACGGUGCCAAUGAUGUUGGGAUGAUCCAGACAGCCCAUGUGGGCGUGGGGAUCAGUGGCAACGAAGGCAUGCAGGCGACCAACAACUCGGAUUAUGCCAUCGCACAGUUUUCCUACUUAGAGAAGCUCCUGCUGGUCCACGGCGCCUGGAGCUACAACCGGGUGACCAAGUGCAUCCUGUACUGCUUCUACAAGAACGUGGUCCUCUACAUCAUCGAGCUCUGGUUCGCCUUUGUAAAUGGAUUUUCUGGGCAGAUUUUAUUUGAACGUUGGUGCAUCGGCUUGUACAAUGUGAUUUUCACCGCGCUGCCGCCCUUCACCCUGGGCAUCUUCGAGAGGUCUUGCACCCAGGAGAGCAUGCUCAGGUUUCCACAGCUGUACAAAAUCACCCAGAAUGCGGAAGGCUUCAACACAAAGGUUUUCUGGGGUCACUGCAUCAACGCCUUGGUCCACUCCCUCAUCCUCUUCUGGUUUCCCAUGAAAGCGCUGGAGCAUGAUACUGUGUUGGCCAACGGUCAUGCGACAGACUAUUUAUUUGUUGGAAAUAUUGUUUACACGUAUGUGGUUGUCACUGUUUGUCUGAAAGCUGGUUUGGAGACUACAGCUUGGACUAAAUUCAGUCACCUGGCGGUCUGGGGAAGCAUGCUGAUCUGGCUGGUGUUUUUCGGCGUCUACUCAACCAUCUGGCCCACCAUUCCUAUUGCUCCAGAUAUGAAAGGACAGGCAGCCAUGGUCCUGAGCUCCGCACACUUCUGGUUGGGAUUACUUCUGGUUCCCACUGCGUGUUUGAUCAAAGAUGUGGCGUGGAGAGCGGUCAAGCACACCUGCAAUAAAACGCUGCUGGAGGAGGUGCAGGAGCUGGAAACGAAGAUGGGGAAAGCGAUGCUUCAGGACGGCACGGGAAAGAGGAUGAACGAGCGGGACCACUUGUUAAAGCGGCUCAGCAGGAAGACCACCCCCACUCUCUUCCGAGGAGGCUCCCUCCCGCAGAAUGUCCCGCAUGGCUACGCCUUCUCUCAAGAAGAGCACGGAGCUGUGUCUCAGGAGGAAAUCGUCCGGGCGUAUGACACCACCAGGAAGAAAGCAAGUCAUAAGUAAGCCCUGACAUCGAGGAGCAACUGAGUCGAGUUCUGCGGACUGAUCUACGGAAGAAAUGCGGUUUGUGCAGCCAGUGUGAACACAUCUGUCAGAAGAGACUGGUGUCAGCAUCCAAAACACGAGAACACACAUUUCCGUGGCCUUAGCCAGCCGGUUCGUCAGUGACAUAUUCCCGGGCAAACCUGGGGUGUAUCCCGCGGGGAAGCCAUUUCUUCCCCCCCAGUGUGUCUGCAGUGCUUGGCCUAACUUUUGUUUACGUUGUUAUGACGCAUUCCCCUGUGCUCCGUGAGGUGUGAAAUUAAAAACAUUAUGUUUCACCAGUAUUUAAACAUCAGUACUAGUCGUCCCGGGAGCAGAGAUGAGAGUUUUGUGUUGCGUGAGGAACCCGUCUGCGGUGGGGAGCCCAGACACGUGCUUCCUGUUGUCUUACCCCACAGAUGACGUCCACGGGGCAGCAUGUAAACUUCACUUCAGGCAGGUUGCUGUCUUGCUUUGAUUCCUACUUUGUUUGUGUGACACUGGCAUAAACUUCUGGAUUGCAAUGAAAUCACAAAUACAUGUAUCUGGGUGGGAGACUUGAGAGCGUGGAUUUGAACCUCUGAGCCACAUUCCCAGUGGGGCAGACGAUCGGUGUUCCCCAGGUGUACCCGUCCAGGUGGCUUCCGGCCCGGUUGUCCCAGUGCCGCCGAGGCUCCCCGUCCUCGGACCUUCUGCAUGGCUGGCCGCUGUGCGCAGUGCAUGGCCGCUGGUGGGCCACCACCCGAGUCCCCGCUCUUCCUCCUCCUCGGCAGAUCCAGGUGCAGGGGUCCCCUCCUCCCCCGCCUUUUCCUUCUAGAACUAAAGAGAAGCAGCAGCUCUUCCCCCUUUGUCCUAAAGGGUUACCUGCCCCUCUCUGGUGACAGGGAAGCCUGCAGCCAGGGCGGUGGUGGAGACCCCGCCCCGGCCAAGCUCAGCACUCAGCUCCCAGCCUCCAGACCACUGGACCUGCGGCAUCCUCUUCACGUCGGCCCGUGCUGGUCCUUUGGGGAGCUGAGGGCACAUCUCCCGGCGAAGGAACACACCUGUCGCUCUAGCUCCAGAGCCACAGAGGACGUGCAAACCCAGAUGAGGGAGGAGGCCCUAGUGUGGUGAAGGACGACCGUGGCAGGAGAAAGCAAGACGCAAGGACGGAGACACCCAAGAAGGGCACAGAGGACGUUUCCCAACAAGUCUGAGCAGAAACUCCGAAAUCAAGCCCCGAAGCCCAGACCAUUGUCCUGACCAGCCUAAUGUGUCCAGGAGGUUAAACAAGAUGUUGACAGGCAGUUUUAAUUGAAAAGAAUCCCAAACAUUUCACCGCCCUUUUAAAAAUAUCGACAAGGUUUCCUUCCUUAUUGAGUCAGUGUUAGGUACAGGCAUGCUCACAGUAGGAAGAGUCCUGAGUCUAAGAUGAGGAAGGGAAGUCACUGACUUUCCAAACUGCAGAGUCCCUUGUUCUAAAUUUGGACAGAACCUGGAUGCCUUCGGGCGGUCAUGUGAGCACCUGGAGCCCUCAGUAAACGACCAGCCUGGAGGCACGUUCUCUCCUCUCUGCUUUGGUUGCCAAACUAGAUUUCUGGAUGGCUUAACAUAAAUACUUCUGGGCAGCUGUUACUGGUUACAACGGCACAGUUCCUCUGGGAAUGGCUGUGCUAAAUUAGGAAAUAGAACAAUAAUGCACUUUGCUUCCUAACCCUUUAUUUUUGGAACAUCUACAGCUUAUUGGGCAUUGAAAUAAUUAUGAUUUGCAUCAACUAAGAAAACGAAUCCCCCUCACUUAAGAGGUGACCAGGAUCCAGGGCUGGAGGGUAAGGAAGUAAGGCCAUGCAAUUCACAGGUAAGGCUCAGAAGCUGCCACACCUUCCUGCCCAGGUGAUGAGACGUUUAAAGACUGCAGCACCCAGUGAGAUGAAUGAUUGAAGGACUGUCAUGCUGAAAUUACAGGGGGGGGAAGUCUAAUAAUUAACACAAACUAAGGUGUAUAUUCUUACUGCACACCCAGAAAGAUAAUGGUCUAAACACAGAGGGAAAAUGAAAGUGAGAAUUGAAUGUGUUAGGCAUCCUGACUGUUUGGCUUCAUUUGGGACUAAGCCCGUUUGGAAAGAGGCAACUAGAAGUCAAUUAUUUGUCGAACACUUAGCUCUCUCUUGAACUUGAAGCCUUCUGAAUCAUAUUUGUGAAUUAGAGAGUGU